UCGCCUCUACAGCCCUCACCUCCUCCUCUUCUCCUUCUCCCUCCUCCUCCUCUUCUUCCUCCUUCCCGUUGUCACUCACGGCUGGAGAAGCACGUUUCAUCCACCGGCCUGCUUUAACGCCGACAAGACUGAAAUAAAAGCACAAAAUGACGUCAGCAGACUUUCUGGCCCAGGAGAAGAUCUGGUUUGACAAACCUCGCUACGAUGAGGCAGAGAGACGCUACUAUGAGCACAUGAACGGCGCCCCACAACCAACACAGGAUGCUGGAGCCAACAGCAUCUUGCAAGACAUAGCUCGGGCCCGGGAGAACAUCCAGAAAUCUCUAGCAGGGCUGAAGUCUACACUGUGUAGCAGAGGGUCUGGUCAACCUUCCCUGAUCCAGCAGUCCCAGUUUCAGCAGCAGCAGAGCAGCACGAGCACUGCAGCCGAUCAAGGGGAACUCGUCUCUCGGAUUAAGAGCCUGGAGCUGGAGAACCAGAGUUUACACAAAGUUGUUGAAGACUUGAGGGCAGCACUUUCCAAACUGGAGUGUCGGGUAUCUGUUCUGGAGAAAUCCCCAGCAGCCGUGACUUCAGCUCCCGCUCCUUCAGUACCCUACACAAAUGGCACAGCCGUCCAGCAGAAAAGCAGCGCUCCGGUUAAAAAGGUGGAGGAGGAAGAGGAGGACGACGACGACUUCGACCUGUUUGGAAGUGAUGAAGACGAAGAGGCGGAGAAACUCAAAGAGCAGAGAUUGAAAGAGUAUGCUGAGAAGAAGGCCAAGAAGCCCGCCCUCAUCGCCAAAUCCUCCAUCUUAUUGGACGUCAAACCUUGGGAUGAUGAAACAGACAUGGCCAAGCUGGAGGAGUGCGUGCGCUCUGUGCAGGCUGACGGUCUGUUAUGGGGCACGUCCAAACUCGUUCCUGUGGGUUACGGCAUCAAGAAGCUCCAGAUCGCAUGUGUGGUGGAGGACGACAAGGUGGGAACUGACAUGUUGGAGGAGGAAAUCACCAAGUUUGAAGACUAUGUUCAGAGUGUCGACGUAGCAGCGUUCAACAAAAUCUGAUUCCAGUGUGUCUCUGUCUGUCCUUUGUCAUGCCUUGUUUCUCUGCUGAUUGUGUCAACGGUUAAAUACAAUAAAAACCAACUCUUGCACUGAA